AUGAUAUUUUUUUUUUUUUUUGAAAAAAUUGAGCAUCAUCAAAGAAUCAAUGAUAAUUAUCAAAUGUGUUUAUUAGUCUGCUCUGUUUUUUUUGUUGUUGAAAAAUUUCGUCAUUUUUUUUUCUUCGUUUGAAAACUAAUCAAAUUCCGGAAUAUAUUCUUCUGUGUCGGUUUUUUCAAAAGUUUGAAAAUUUCUGAUUGUGGAACAUACAUAAUUCGAACACACAUCAAACAUUCGAACGUUCGAAUCAAUGAACUAUUCGAAUCAUUUUUUGUUUUGUUUAUUUUUCUCCAGUGUUUUUCUCUCUUUCUGAUCAUCAUUAUUAUUUUGUCAAAAUCAAAUAAACAACAACAACAAUUUGUGAAUAUUUUUUUCUUUUUUAUUUGAUAAAUAAUUUUCACAAUUUUAAUUUAUAGACAAGUAAUUUUGUAAUCAACACCACUAUUAUAUAGACAUUAAUUUAUAAAAUAAUUUCAUCAUCAUCCAUAAUCAUAAUCAUCAUCAUCUUUUAAAUGAUAAUCAUUCAUUUGCCACAAUUAUAUAAUAUUAUGGGCUAUGUGCAUUCAAUUAUUAUAUCAACAAUUAUUUAUAAAAAAUUUAAAAAAUGGAUGAUUUAACUAAUAGUGGAUCAUCAUCAUCCAUUAUUAAUAAUAAUAAUAAUAAUAAUACUGGAACUGGUACAAUUGUUCCACAUCAAUUUAUAUUAACUGGUAGUGGUGGUGGUGUUGGUAGUGUUGGAAAUGAUGGUAUUAUUAGUAGUAAUAUCAAUCAAACUGGAAAUAUAAUCAAUAUGAAUCAAGAUCAACCAAAUAAACGAUUAAAAACAAAUAAUGAUGGUGGUGGUGGUGUUGUUGGUCCAUCAUCAACAAUAAAUUCAUCUUCAUCUGAUUUUAAUAUGCACAUGUUUAAUAAUUUACCUAAUGAAUUAUCAUCAUCAUCAUCAUCAUCGGCAACGACAACAACAACAACAACAAAUAAUAUUGUUGUUGAAAAUAAUAUUUUAAAUAAUAAUAAUAACAACAAUGUUGUUCAAAAUAUUGUUGUUAAUAAUAAUAAUAAUAAUAAUAAUCCAUCCACUACUGCCCAAGCUAAUAUGAUGCAUAGUUUACAAACAACAAUGGCUGGUGGUCAUCAUCAACAUCAUCCACAUCAUCAACAACAACAACAACAUUUACAAAAGAAUCAAUUACAGCAACAACAACAACAACAGAAUCCUAAUCAAAUUCAAAGAUCAAUAUUAACAAAUUCAAAUACAGGUGGAAUGACAUUACAACAACAAUUAUCAAUAGGACCACAAUCAAGAAAUCCUACUAUGCAACAGCAACAACAACAUCGUUAUGCUUCACAACAACAACAAGGCGCCAAUAAUUCUGCUAUAACUAUGAAUGUACCGCAAGUACAAAUAAUGUCUCAACAACAACAACAACAACAAUUUGGUUUUCAAAAUCAGAAUAAUCAAAAUAAUCAAGUUAUACCACCAAGAAUCGCUCAACAACAACAACAACAAUAUCGUUAUAUGUCACCGAAUCCAAAUCAAAUCAGUAUUUCACAA